UUUGAAAUUUACUUAACAUUAAAAAUAAAAUAUUUCAUUGCAUAGUAGCAGAAAGUGCAUCUAUAAAUUAGGUCCUGUUAUCCUUAUUUUAUCAUGGCAGACGAUAUAGAUGACUUACUUGACGAGGUAGAAGAUAAAUUCGUUAAAAAAUCUAAACCAGAAAAAAAGUCAACGCUUCCCAAAGUUAGACCAACAAGACGAAGACCAGAAGAUGAUGAAAUGGAUAAACUUAUAGAAGAUAUAUGUGGAGAGAAUGAACCAGAAAUAGAGUGCAAUAGUGUUACAAAGGUUCCUGGCAAAACAUCCCAGAGUCGGCCAGCAGUAACAAAGUGUUUUCCAUUGUGUAUUGGUGGAUCAUCAGUGAGUAAAGGGCAUGGAAACAGUGUAAACAAACGGUCAUGUGAUAUGUUGCGAUGUACAUCUUGUGACUUCAAGGUCGCCUCAUUUGACGACUUUGACUGGGAUUCCUCUACUGACUAUUUAUUUUUACGUAAUAAUGCUCCAGAUUUUGAAAGAUUAAAAUCUAAUUUGUCACGGAGAAAAGGAUAUAGGGCAUAUUGCUGCCAGUGUAGUCAUAUUGCUGUAAACACUCUUACUGAUGUUAAACAUUUACAAGUGAAAUGGGUUUGUGGUCAACAUUGAUGUUUCUUUCAUCCAUAGAGAUCAUUGUAAAUGUGCUGUUUAAAUGAACAAGCAUGUUUCAUUUUUUAAAUCAAGAUUAAGUGACCAUGUUAUGGGUGAUUAUAUGGACUAAAAUACACUAGAGUUGAUUUCUUUCAGGAACUAAUGGUGUCUGGAUUAUAACAUAUCAAUUUGAGACCAUUUUGAAAAAUAUGGCUUAUUUUGUUGUAUUAUUUUUUUUGUAAUUCUUAUUCAUAACAUCUUUGUUGUAAUGUUAAGUUUUUAUUUAGCUUGACUAUUUGAUGAAUUAUGGGACUUUCCUAACACACAAGGGUGUCAGUGAUAGCGUAACACUUUGGUUAAAGUUUUACAUGCAACUUCUUGUAUAUCAUCUUAUUUCAUAAACCACUAAAGAUAUUUGUUGUAACUUCUCAUAUGUCUUUGAGAUCACAAUAGGUUACUAUACAAUGUCCUAAGUUUGACCUCUGUUUUUGACAGAAUUAUAGCCCUUUUUAACAGAAUUAUGGCCCUUUUUGUACUUACUGGUUAAAGCUUUGUAUGCAACAUCAAUUUUUAAAACUAAUAAAGGUAUUACAAUGUACUUGAAAUUUAAUACAUGUCUUUAGAUCAUUAAAGGUCACUAUCCAAGACCAAUUGCUCUGACAUGGAAUUUGACUCAUUUAUGACCCUUUGUGAACUUCUGAAAAUAGUUUUUAUGUUUUGUGUUAAACAUUAAUCUUGAAAACUGAAAAUGGUAUUCACUUGAAACUCAUUUUAUCUGUUAUCAAUAGUAAUUGAAGGUCUCUUUCCAAGAUCUAUAACUCUGGCCUAAAUUUUGAAUCCUAUGUGGUCCAUUGUGAAAUAAAAAAAAUCUUUAGUUAAUAUCCAAAACCUUGGGGGGGGAUGAGGGGAGGCAUUCAUGCCCGAGUGGUUAAGGUUGUUGACUGCAAACCACUUGCCUCGCACUGACGGCUGUAGGUUUGUGAUAAAGCUAUCCAGCUAGCUUAUGAAGCUUUUGACAGUUCUAUUCUGGUGCCCGUGUGUACCUGAAAUAAUCCAGGGAAGGGCAGCUGAUGUCUUCCUCCACCAGUAAAGCUGGAAAGUCGCCAUAUGACCUGUACUGUGUUGGUGUAAUGUAAAACCCAAUUAAAUCCAAAAACAUCCAAAACUUUCUUUGUUAAUUCCUACAUUAUCCAGACUACUGUUUUACUAUCAAGCAUUCAGAAUAGUCAAGUGUUCUGUCUGACUGAUAGCUCUUGUCUCUUUUUUGUUUUCCUAAAUUAUUAGCUCACCUGAGCAUGCUCAGGGUGAGCUUUUAGGAUCGAUGAUUGUCCAUCGUCCGUCCGUCGUCGUCCUUCCGUCAUCUGUUCACAUUUUGUUGUUAACACUCUAGCGGUCGCAUUUUUGCCUCAAUCAUCAUCAAACUUGGUCAGGAUGCUUAUCUAGUUGAUAGCUCGGAUGAGUUCGUACAUGGGUCAUCUCGGAUGAAAAACUAGGUCACAAGAGCUAAAAAUAGAAAAACCUUGUUAACACUCUAGAGGUCACAUUUUUGCCUCAAUCAUCAUCAAACUUGGUCAAGAUGUUUGUCUAGGUGAUAGCUCGGAUGAGUUCGAACAUGGGUCAUCUCGGAUGAAAAACUAGGUCACUGGAGCUAAAAAUAGAAAAACCUUGUUAACACUCCAGCGGUCGCAUUUUUGCCUCAAUCAUCAUCAAACUUGGUCAGGAUGCUUAUCUAGUUGAUAGCUCGGAUGAGUUCGAACAUGGGUCAUCUCAGAUGAAAAACUAGGUCACAAGAGCUAAAUAUAGAAAAACCUUGUUAACGCUCUAGCGGUCACAAUUUUGCCUCAAUCAUCAUCAAACUUGGUCAGGAUGUUUGUCUAUGUGAUAGCUUGGAUGAGUUCGAACAUGGGUCAUCUCGGAUGAAAAAGUAGGUCACCAGAGCUAAAAAUAGAAAAACCUUGUUAACACUCUAGAGGUCACAAUUUUGCCUCAAUCAUCAUCAAACUUGGUCAGGAUGUUUGUCUAGGUGAUAGCUUGGAUGAGUUCGAACAUGGGUCAUCUCGGAUGAAAAAGUAUGUCACCGGAGCUAAAAAUAGAAAAACCUUGUUAACAUUCUAGCAGUCACAUUUUUGCAUCAAUCAUCAUCAAACUUUGUCAGGAAGCUUGUCUAAGUGAUAGCUCGGAUGAGUUGGAACAUGGGUCAUCUCGGAUGAAAAAGUAGGUCACUGGAGCUAAAAGUAGAAAAACCUUGUUAACACUCUAGCGGUCACAUUUUUGCCUCAAUCAUCAUCAAACUUGGUCAGGAUGCUUAUCUAGGUGAUAGCUUGGAUGAGUUCGAACAUAGGUAAUCCUGGAUGAAAAACUAGGUCUCCUGAGCUAAAAAUAGAAAAACCUUAUUAACACUCUAGAGGUCACAAUUUUGCCUCAAUCAUCAUCAAACUUGGUCAGGAUGUUUGUCUAGGUGAUAGCUUGGAUGAGUUCGAACAUUGGUCAUCUCGGAUGAAAAACUAGGUCACAGAAGCUAAAAAUAGAAAAAUCUUGUUAACACUCUAGUGGCUACUGUUUUGAUCCAAAUAUCCUGUAAAUUGGUCUGAAAGUUUGUUUUGAUGAUUUCUAAGUCAAGUUCAACAAUGGGUCAUCUUGGAUGAAAAACUAGGUCACACCGCCCAAAUAUGGAAAAACAUUGUUAACAUUCUAGUGGUUAAAUUUUCUACUCAAUUAUCAUCAAACUUGGUCAGGAUGCUUGUCUAGGUAAUUGCUCGGAUGAGUUCAAAUCCCAUGUGAAACUAGGUCACCGGAGCUAAAAAUAGAAAAAUCUUGUUAACACUCUAGUUGCUACUGUUUUGAUCCAAAUUGGUCUGAAAGUUUGUUUUGAUGAUUUCUAGGUCAAGUUUGAAUAUGGGUCACCUGGGUAAAAAACUAGGUCACACUGCUCAAAUAUGGAUAAUCCUUGUUAACACUGUAGUGGUCACAUUUUUGACUCACCUGUCAUGAGACUUGGUCAGAAUGCUUGUCUAGGUAAUUGUUUGGAUGAGUUUGAUGGGUCAGGUGAGCGAUCUAGGGCCAUCAUUGCCCUCUUGUUUUAUAAUAUUUUGAAACUAAAGGUGAAAGGAUGUUUAGUUAUUGUUGAAAUCUUUACAUGUGAUUUUGUUAAUAUCCGUCCAACAAAAAACGAAAUGUAAAAAAAAAAAUUUAAAAAAAACAA